ACACAAAAAGACUGCGCCAAUGUGGGCCCUAAGAGGAAAUGACUUGCACUGUACGUGAGCCUGAGAUCACAGGCCGUCUCCGCUCGCCUCCGCUCUAUCAGUCGUGCCUGAAUCCUCAACAAACUCAAAUCAACUUCCGAUCGUAUGCCACGCAUCAUCCAGAGAACAUGGUGACAAACACCAGCCAGUACCAAUGGCUCUCUCAGUGAAAAAAAAGCGCUCCUUUGGUCACUUACAACAGUCGCAUGCGAAGAUGUGCAUCCAAGAUUUCUAUAACAAAAACAUGGCUACUACGCCGGUCUCCUGGCCCAUUCCCAUGAGGGCUAUCGGAGCUCAGAAUCUGCUCACCAUGCCGGGAGGGGUCUCCACAUCUGGAUAUCUGCACAAGAAAGGGGGCAGCCAGUUCAGCCUGAUGAAAUGGCCUCUUCGCUUCAUCAUAAUCCACAAAGGCUGCAUCUACUACUUCAAGAGCAGUACUUCUGCCGCACCUCAAGGAGCGUUUUCACUCAAUGGCUACAACAGAGUCUUACGGGCAGCAGAGGAAACAACAUCUAGCAAUGUUUUUCCUUUUAAGAUCGUCCACUUCAGUAAGAAACACCGUACGUGGUAUUUCUCAGCGGCGAGUGAGGAUGAGAGAAGGAAAUGGAUGCGGCACUUAAGAAAAGAAAUCAGCUAUUACAAUGAUAAACGAGAUUUGCCUCUUCCAAGUGAUGAUUUAGAUUCUGAGAGCCUGUAUGGACAGUUAGAGGAGCCUCUGGAAAUCAGUCCUGUUGAAGAAGAUCCUGAAGCAGAUUAUAUGACUCAAGAUGAAGACAGCGAUGGAGAGGAUAUAUCACCUGGGUCUGCAGGUCGACCCACGGUUCCUCCUCCUCCGUAUCCUCCACCCCCAGUUCCUGUUCAGCCGAGAGAACACCGCCCCACAAAAGGCCCACCGCCUCUGCUUCCCCCUCCGUUCAAAAAGCCGUCCUGUACAGCCAAAGGUCCUCCUCCGCCGCUGCCGUACGCCCCGCACCUAGAGAAACCAGGGGUACACCUGUCAAACAGACACCCCCCUGGCCCCAUGCCUCCUUUACCCCCUCCAAACAGCAUGAAGCCCAUGUCAGGCCCCUUCUCCACACUGCCUGCUUGUGAAAAGAAGCCGAAUGCCUCUCUCGUCAACUCUACCUCGGCUACUUUACCCAUCGUUGAGAACCUGCAGAGAGUGAUGCUGAACUCGUCGAAGGCACACCUGGGGGUGAAGCCCACCCCUGGCCCGCGGCCCGUCUCGCCUCACCUGUCCAGCUCCGUCAGCAACAAGGUGCUCGGCCAGAUACCCAAACCUCCGAUACCAUCCAAACCCAAACCCAGCAGACCCUUGUUCCAAGCGUCACCGGACGGACAGAGCUUUCGUUCUUCUAUCGAAGAAAAGCCCUUAAAAAGCCGAGUGCAGGGCAAAAUUAAAGAGAGCUCAGAUGACGAGGACUAUGAAAAUAUCAAUUUGCCUAACUCUGUAUUUGUGGACACAAUGGAAACCAGUAAUGUCGAAAGAUUAUUUAGGGACACAUACACCUACCCACCGAACGGUCUGUACUGCAUCCGCAAAUCAGGAACAGGAAAAACAUCACAGGUGCUGGUUGUUUGGGACUCGGGUAUAAACAAAGCCAGAAAUUAUAGGCUCUUUGAGGAGGACCAGCGGGUGUAUCUGGAGGCAGAUCGGACGUUCCCCACUUUAUCUGCCCUGGUAGAAAACUAUCACAUCAACCCACUGCCCAGCAAUAACCACUCAAUGCCCAACUACUCCCUCUGCUUAAAUCUCCCGUUCGGCUACGACCCACCCAGGUGACAUCGGCCCCCUGUCCCGUGCUGAAACACCCACCCGCUGACAGCGCCACCUUCUGGAGAACACCUCCCAUCACACCUGAGCACCCAGUCGACUGAUGCCCUCACUAGUGUGAUAUACUGUGAAUAUCAAUGCAUCGUUAAUCCAGUGAACCAAGGAACUGUGUUCACUUAAGUCCAGUGUUCAGAAGGGAUGAGUUCUAUUAAAAUGACAAAGAUCCAGUGAAUCAGACAGUGUUAAAUAGCAAAUGUGCACUUUAGUACACAUACUGUGCUGCAUAUAUUAUUAUACUGAAGCUUCUUCUGGCUAGGAACCGACGGAUUGGCAUGCAAUGGUAUUAAUCACUGUUUUUACUGGUUAUCUGGAGUACAGUAAAAUAUCUAUUUCAAUCGAAUAUCACACAGGAACCACAGACAAUGCUGUGCAAUGCUUCUUCACUGUAAAAUAACUCCCAAUGUAUAUUCUCAUGGUUGUUUUUAACUCACACAUAAGGACGCCUGAAUGUUAUUGCAACAUUUCAUACUGUAAGUAUUAUUUUAUUGUACAAAAUGUAUAUUAUAUUGUAUAUUAUAUAAGUCAACUGGAUGUCAUUGUUAUGUUAGAGCACUGUACACUGUUGUGAGGUGAAUUAUACACACUUGAAACUAAAUACAGAGUCAAAAUAAAACAAACUGUUUAUAAAUUAUUUACAUAUAUAAUAAAUUGAUUCAACUACAAAUCAGUAUUCCAUACAUAGCCUAUGGUUAUUUGGUAUAUUUGUAUAAAUGAUCCUAAAAUUGAAUUGAAUAUUUUCAGAAUUAAAUAAAAAGACUAACUUGA